ACUCGCAACAGCCGCAGCAAUGAAGCACGCCGUCGCCGUACUGGUCGCCGGGACGUUCCUGCUGGGCUACUGUGCAGCGCCCGGCGGCGCUCAGCAGCAGGCGGCCGGCGGCUUCUUCAACGCCGUCUGCCCCGGCUGCGUGGACGCUAUCGAGGGGGCGGCGAGCGCGGGCGAGGAGUCCGCCCACGACGCCUGGAACGCCGCUUUCGGCCACGAGUCCCCCAUAUACGAGUGGGCUGAGCACGUGGGCUCGAAUGCAGGCGGCAGCAGCGGUGGCGCGGCGGUCCGCCGCACCGGCGCAGUCGGCGCCGCGCACGCCAGGAAGGGCGGCGCCGCCCGCGCCGCCCACGCCGCCCACGCCGCCCACGCCGCCUAA